GGAGCAGCAACCACCCCACUGAACUCGCACGUUGGAUGACCCUGAAACCAAAUCAUCGCGCUGGUCCCGAACUUUUCCGUUUGCACCAUGCUGCCCUUAACUCCAAUGCUCCCCAAACGCCCUCCACGGUGAAGUCGACCUCAUCCACGGUGGAGCUCCCGCGCCUUAUCCACCGCGCAACAGCAUCAUGCUUGCUGGACCGCCCCGCCUCGUCUCGCUCGUUUCCGUCCUGGUCCUGUUUAUCCUAGCGUGGAGCUUCCUGCGACUCGACAGCGCACCGCACUCCUCAUUCCGAUUCGGCAAGAUACUGAGCUCGACAUCUCCAAGCUCUUCGCUGCGCGGCGAUCCGCUUGACUUCGGCAUUCCAUUGCGCUUCAAAGAUGGGGAGCCGAAGCCGACGGGCACAAAUUAUACGUGGUCCAUCGUGAUCCCAAAGACGAAGAAAGAGGACCUUAAAUGGCUGCGGGGAGAGAUACCGGAGGCAAAGUUGGUGGUAUACGAGGUCGACAAUCCGAAUGCUGAAUAUAAGAUUCCCAAAAACAAAGGCAGAGAGGCUAUGGUCUAUCUCACGUACAUGAUUGACCAAUACGAUGACCUGCCCGAUACCACAGUUUUCAUGCAUGCGCAUCAUCAUGCGUGGCACAACAAUAACCUGCUCAUGCAGGAUGCGCUGGGUAUGCUCAAGCGGCUGAACCACGACCGAGUUGCGCGAAUGGGCUAUAUGAACGUGCGAUGCCAUCACGAGCCCGGGUGCCCCGACUGGAUCCACAUGGACCGACCAGGUGGUGAUUUCGACUUCUUCCGCAAGCCGGAGGAGAUACACUGGCGCAAGAGCAUCUGGGAAGAGAUCCACCCGGGCGCACCCAUUCCCUCGUCACUCUCCGGCGUUUGCUGCGCGCAAUUUGCUCUCAGCAGAGAAAGAAUUCGCCAGGUGCCCAUCGAGCGACUGCUACACUACCGCAAAUGGCUGCUGCACACGGGCAUGGACGACACCUACUCGGGCCGUGUCUUCGAAUAUAUCUGGCACUACAUCUUUACGGGCCACGAGGUCUACUGUCCCGCACAGAACACAUGCUACUGCGACGGCUACGGCAUCUGCUUUGGCGGGCGCCAGAAGUACGAGGAGUAUGAAAACAAGCAGAAGGAACGCGACAAGUUGUUCACAGAGUUUGACGCCAUCAUCAAGAAAUCAGACAAAGCGAAGGAGGAGGGCAAGAAAGAGCCUGCUCUUACGGAGGAUGAGACGAAAGAGCUGGAGACGUUGACCAAGAUGAUACCGGAGAUUGAUCGGUGGUUGGAGGGGAAGAGGAAGGAUGCGUUUGAGAGGGGCGAGGAUGAGGCGAAUCGCAAGGAGGAGAGGGAGUCGUAUGAUAGUAGCCGGAUUUGGGACUACGGACCGCCUGCCGGUUUGGUGUCGUGAGAUGGAGUACAUCUGUAGUAAUGACUGCACGAGGAUGAUUCUUCUGUAUAUAUUACUGGUGGCGCGAUAGAAUACAUAUGGGCUUCCAGCCUUCCCUUCG